GAACCGGUUGAAAUUUCCGCGAUUGUGUUGCACAACUGGUUUAGUAACACAUGUGUAAUAGUAGUUACGUGAUUUAAGUCGAAUCGAGAAUUUGUCCAUUUUUGAGUCAUCAUAAAUAUGGGAAAGAAGAAAAAUCAAAGCGUUUUGGGUAAGAGCAUAAUAAAGGAUCGAUUCAAGGCUACCAAUCAGCGCAGAGAUGCAGAUAAUAGUUGGUUACAUACAAGUGACCUGAACGAUGGAUAUGAGUGGGGUCGUCUGAACCUGAACUCCGUCACAGAGCAGAGUCACUUGGAUGAUUUCCUCUUAACAGCUGAGCUAGCCGGCACCGAGUUCACAGCAGAGAGGCAAAACAUCCGAGUGGUUGACCCAGAUGAUUCUGGUCUGCCGUCAGCCGAGGAAACCAAAGCAAUCCGUGAGGCUCAAGAACUCAACAAGAAUCUCCUGUGCAUUCCCAGACGACCAAAGUGGGAUGCCAACACUACCAAAGAAAAGCUUGCCCAAAGGGAGCGAGAAUCCUUCCUGGAAUGGCGUCGUCAGCUGGCAUUGUUGCAAGAGAAGGAUCACGUCGUCAUGACGCCCUUCGAGCGAAACUUGGAAUUUUGGCGUCAGCUGUGGCGCGUCAUUGAGCGCAGUGACAUCAUCGUCCAGAUAGUGGACGCUCGCAACCCCCUGCUGUUCCGCUGUGAAGAUUUGGAGAAGUAUGUCAAAGAGGUUGGCAACGGUAAGGAGAAUAUGGUUUUGAUCAGCAAGGCGGAUCUACUCACGCCACUGCAGAGACAGCAGUGGGCCGACUAUUUCUCCCAACAGGGGCUGAAGGUUGCCUUCUGGUCUGCUGUGCUUGAAACAGAGAGGAUCAAACGAGAGGCCGCAGAAGAGAACGAAGAUGUCGAGAAUGACGAGGAACAGUCCUCCGAAUCGGACCCAGAAGAUACCGACGGUGAUGAAGAUGACGAGAAUCACGGUGUCUCCUCCCAACCUGCGUCUUGCAUUCAAGAUGGCACACCACAGGAUACUAGUGACACAACUGGUGAAAAAUUGCACAGUGCCGACUCGGACAAGACUGAACCUCAAAGUCUCGGACCUGAUGCCGGUGUUGCACAGACAGACCAACAGAACGACCAACUCCAUGCGCCAUCAAACCGAGACGUUUCUCCAAACUCUUCAGAGACAGCUAUCGCACCAACCAGCUUCAAUACUAGUAUUGACCAAAGAACUCACGACGGGCCGGAAACGGAGAUCUCAAAGUAUUCAGAGACAGCCAGUGCGAACCUCCCACAAACGGACGAUAGCAAUAUGCACGAAACUACAGACCCUUCUUCAUCUAGAACUGUACGAUUCGCCGCACCAGACUCUGAAGAUAGUUCGCAAGCCAAUGAAGACGGUUCCAGCACGAGACAGGAGAGGGAUGCAGAAAAUGUGCGUGGCCAUAGAGAUGGGGAGGGGCGUGGCCAGGCCGGGUGUGGCCCAGUGGUGAAUGACAGUAAGCUCCUGACGGGAGAGGAGCUCAUUCAGUUCUUUUACGACCUUCACACGGGGCCCAAAGUUCAAGAGGGGGUCACGACCGUUGGCAUGGUCGGUUAUCCCAAUGUCGGUAAGAGUUCCACCAUUAAUGCCAUCAUGCAACAGAAGAAAGUUCCUGUGUCAGCAACUCCAGGAAGAACAAAACAUUUCCAGACGCUGUUUGUGGAGCCCACCAUGUGCCUGUGUGACUGUCCCGGUCUGGUCAUGCCAUCCAUGGUCUCAUCCAAGGCAGAGAUGAUCGUCAAUGGCGUCCUGUGCAUCGACCAUCUCAGGGACUUCAUGCCUCCUACCUCACUCUUGUGUCAGCGGAUCCCGAGACACAUCCUAAACAGCAUCUACGGCAUCAACAUCAUCAAGCCGCGUGAUGGGGAAGAUGCUAACAGGAUCCCCACGGCAAGGGAGUUCCUAAAUGCCUACGCCUAUAUGCGAGGCUUCAUGACCCACCAUGGUAUCCCAGACUGCCCUAGAGCAGCAAGAGUCGUCCUGAAAGACUACGUGAAGGGCAAACUGCUGUACAGCCACCCCCCACCAGGGAUCGAUCCCGUCGAGUUUCAGGACUUCUCCCAGAUGGAUGUGAGUCGCGGUGGUGGCGACACGGCGAGGAAGCAGCGGGAAGCCUCGGGGCCUGUCAUCACCGACGAAGGAACCAAACUGAAGAAGCAACCCACGUCAAGCAAGAUAGACGAGGCCUUCUUUGCACAGAAGACCGUAGCGUCGCACACCAAGGGAGCCAUCGGCCCCAGGGGCGGCACCAGCGGGGUCAGAGGCCAAGAGUCAUCCCCGCAGCAGCUGUCGGCCAGCCAGCAGCGCUUGGCGGACAAGCCCUGGAAGAAGCACGGCAACCGCAACAAGCGGGAGAAACUGCGGAGGGUGUACGGUCACCACGACGAGUAGGUAGCUGGCGUGCUCCUUCGGAAAUGUUUCUGACCCAACCAAACGAGAUGGGUCCCUUAACCCUAACCCCCUAGGCUCUUGCACUAGAAAGUAUACCAAACCUAACAAAUUUCAACAGCUGCAUACAGGUCUGUAAGCA